AUGGUGGCCUGGGGAGCGGCAACCAUCUGCACUCCCGCCCUCAAAAGUGGUGCCGGCUUCGCCGCUCUGCGCUUCUUCACCGGUCUGGCUGAAGCGCCGUUCUUUCCGGGAAUCACACUGAUGACUUCCUCCUGGUACACCAAGGAGGAGAGUCCUCUCAGAAUGGCCAUCUGGCACGCGGGAAACACCAUAUCCAACAUCAUCUCAGGCUUCCUUGCGGCAGGAAUUCUCACUACAAUGGGUGGUGUCUCGGGUCUGUAUUCCUGGCAGUGGUUCUUUCUCAUUGAAGGCAUCGUGACGUUCCUGGUGGCUUUCUCUGCCUACGUUCUCCUCCCAGACUGGCCCCACAACACGCGGUUUCUGACUCCUGAGGAGAGAGAUAUGGCGCAGUACCGUAUCCUGUGCUCCAAUGGAGGCAAAGAGGAAGCUGCCGGAGGCACUUGGGAUGGUCUCAGAGAUGCUGUCAAAGACCCUUUCACCUGGAUCUUCUGCCUGUUGCAUUUCUCCCUGGUCACUGCCCAAAGUUUUAAAGACUUCUUCCCUUCGAUCGUUAACACCUUUGACUUUGGCGAACUCACAACGUACUUCAUUCAAGCUCCCCCGUAUGCGUUCGCAUUUGUGUUUGCAUAUGCUGUUGCCUGGUCGUCAGGUCGGAAUCAAGAGUCUUUCUGGCACAUCGUCCUACCUAUCAUUGGCAGUGCGGCUGGCUGUGCAGUCCUGAUCUCAACCAUGAACAUUGGAGCUCGCUACUUUGGUCUUUUCCUCCUUAUUUCCGGCACAUAUAACGGCCUCAACCUGCAGCUGUCGUGGGAAACAACUGUCGUUCCAGCCCCUCGGAGCAAGAAGGCCGCACUCAUUGCAAUCGCCAACUGUAUCAGCCAGGUCAGUCACUGGUUCAGUCCAUACUUCUGGCCGCGCUCGCAGGAGCCCUUCUACAGACUAGGCGGCGGUCUUGUACUGGUGGGUUGUGCUCUGGUUGUAACGUCAGCUGGCUUGGCGAAGUGGCGUGCGAUCCGUCUGAAUAAGAAACUGGAUGAAGCUGAGGGUUACUCCGAGAACUCGGGGGUCGAAAGGGGUUGGAGAUUUGCGUACUGA